AAAUUCUAGAGAUGGCCGAUCAGAUUGAUAUCCAUGUGACCCACAAGGAUUCGAAGCGCAUCAUUUCCUGUCCAAAAGGAGAAGUUGUCGAGGACUUUGCCAUUCGUUUUCUUGAAGCCUUCGCCGAUGUGUUACCGCGCGAGGUGGAGCCAAGUGAUGUCAAGUUUCGGGUUUACGUUGAAAAAUUUGAUGACUAUGUGGAUCUGCAGAGCGACGAACUGCUUAAAGAUGGCAUGAAACUUCGAGCUCGAAUUCAAGAGAGAGGACAGUCACCUAUUAAGCCUCAUCCCAUCCACCCCAAGACCAUUUAUCGACUGUGGAGCCCCGUUAGCAGAAAGAAUGAGGGUGUUGUAAUGAGGAAUCCAAGCACUAACAUUGUGACUUGCAGUGGAACUUUUAGCUCCGGUGGUGACACUCUUAUGAAGACCAUUGAUGAAACAAAUGGUCAGACGGCUUCAUUUGCCCUGCUAUUCAAAGAUGGAGCAAACAAAGUGUUAGCACUGACCGGAGAUGGUAAAGGAAAUCCUGUCAAAGCCAAGGAAAUACCAGUUGCAGCAAGGACUCCAGGUGAAUCCAUCUUUGAUCCUGAAUACUUCUGGAGCUAUACGAUGUUCAAACAACGUGGCAGUGACUACUAUCUGGGAUGUGAUGAUUCUGGAACUCUGACUUUGGUUGAAAAUUGGAAUCUUGAGUAUCCGAAUCCUCAAGCUCUUUUUAUUGUUAACGAACCUAAUAAGUCCACCUAAGAUGGCCAAAGAUUCAUUGACUUUCGCUUAUUAAUACUUUGCUUUUUCAAAUUUCUGUAUUUGAGUCGAUAAAAUCUUAACAGGUGUAUUAGAGCUGCAAUAACCUUUCAAAUCUCUAAUAAACCAUUAAAUAUUUUGA